AUGAAGCUCUGUCAUACUUUGCGGUUCCUAAAAGCCCUGCGGAGUACGGAAAGUUUCCUACCCAGGUUCCGAAGCACUCCGAAAAGAGAUGAAUACGGUGACCCCCUCUUCAUAGAGAGAGAUGUUAUUUUAGGCAGGAAAAGGCAUCGGAAUCUCCCCUUUCUUUGUCCCAGAGGUUUCCAGCCCUUCAAAGAAGCACCCAAACACUUGUGCAUACUCCGAAGGCCUUUUCAUCAAUCUGGGUUCUUCGGAAAUCCACUUGAGGAUAAAGGAAGGGUGGAAACUUUCUACUUCGCCAAACCCAUGACUUAUUGGCACGAGAAGAUGUUACGAAAGGUAGUUCUUAUAAGAAGUAUUAGAAAGCAUGAGGAUGAAAUAGAGUCAUCACGGGAUCCAUGCGGUAAUUCCCAUAAAUUCUUCCCCUAUACUCUCAGUCUCCCCCAAGAUGUCUACCGCGCGAAGGGUCGAGAAAGUGUACGCAGUGUAGAGAUUGUUGCAACUUUCGCGAAUCAUUACGACGAUGAGCUUAGAUCAUUUAAGGGAUCAAUUCCUAGGCAGGCCGAAACUCCAGCGUUGAGAUCGCGUGGAAAUGCCGGUCCGAAUAGUGGAUACCUUCUAUCCACUAGGUACCGAAUCCGAGAUGUUAUUUCUGACAUUCGAAUUCAUUCGAGCACUUUUGGAUACUGUGGGCAAUUUUGGUAUCAAUUUGACACCGAGGGGCCUCUAGAUCAUGUACCUCAGCAAGCGAUUACGCGACAUCAAACUAAAAGGUACUGUCGCAUCUUGAUGUACUGGAAGUUUUAUCCGUUGUACUGCCUGAUUUGGAAGCCUUUGGCGUGUUGCCGAUGUCCGGAAAAGGGUUAUUCCCGCCGAAAUGUGCCACACAUUACCCUACUUUCUAGCCGCCUCGAGACUAGCGUUUUCCUUUCUCAGCUCGCUUUCCCUCCUUUUCGAGCAGCUAAACUCAAUUCUAUCCCAACCCACCCUCAUUUAGUGACUUGUAUUGUAUAA